AAAUUUUAAAGAAAAAUUAGACUUGGAAGAGGUCUCUGCACGACAUAUUUUCUGGACUAAUAAGUAAUAGUUUUUAUAAAUUUACGAUAGCAUGGAGUUUACGCUAUGUCUCUGUUGAAAGCUCCAAGUGUAAACGAUCAAAAAUCUCAUUUGCAUGGAGUUUGGCGUGAUUACUCUGCUAUCAGUGACCAAAAACAUAUAAUGGAAGAGAAAGACGAUCUUUGGCCCCAAUCUGAUGUUGGUACAAAAGAUAUGGAGUCAUCAUCACCACAGCUUAGUAAAGACGAUAAAAAAAUAUCUGCUGAAGAAAAGUCAACUAGUGGAGGAGAACCAAGUGGGACAUCUGAAGAAACAGGUAGUAAUAAGCCAUCAUCUGGUCCCAGUAUGAAGCUACCUGCACAAACAGAUAACAGUGAAAACGAUGUGGUGUCUGUCAAGGUUGAGGCAAAGAAUGGAGAAACAGAUGCGAGUCCAAGUCUUGUCUCAGAAAAUACGACUGGACCCGAAGUCUGUAUCAAAAAAGAGGUUGAUGACAAACUGGAAAGUGGAGAAGUAAAAGCUGAAGAUUUUCCUGAACAAGAUGAACUUGCAGGUGAUGAAUAUUUGGAUAAAGAGGAGGAUUUUGAAGAGGGAGAAGGCUACGAUAUGUACGAUGGUGCAAAUGGUGAAGGUGAGGGUUACGAGGACUACCCAGAGAACGAUGGUCAGCAGGAACAUGAUCAGGGUUACUUCGGGUAUACCGAUAAUGGUUUACUAGAAACAGGUGAUGGUCAUCCUGGCAUGUCAGGUGAAGGUCAGGAACAGUAUUAUUAUGAAGAUGGUGAAGAGUAUUACGAAGAUGAAGAAUUCGUUGAUGAUGAAUAUGUUGAUGAAAACGAUGAAAAUGAAGACAAAGACACCAUCAGGGAAGUCGUUAAAGGACCAAAUGGUCGCUUACAGUACGUUGUGAAAGGCCUUGAUGGACGAAUCAAAUGUAUAAUGGAUGCUCCAAUGGAUGCAACUGAAUCAGAUAAAGUCGUUAAAAAAGAGUCUGAAAAUGAAGCGAAUUAUGGGAGCUAUGAAGGAGAAAAUGAUAAUUAUGGUGAAGAAGGAGAGGAGGAAUAUUACGAGGAGGAAGGACAUGAAUAUGACGAUGAUAAACAAGAAUAUGAAGAAGGCGAGAUACCGAAUCCUUACAGAAACAAUCCACCUAGAAAUAAACCACUCACACACGAAGAAAAGGAGGAAUUAUGCCGAGUAGCGAUGGCUCAGUAUUCUGAUGAAGGUUUUGAUUACAUGGAUGAUGAGGAUGAAGAAUAUUACGAUGAAGAGGAAGAUGAAGAAUUUCCUGAUAAUUUAACUCAAGAACAGCUGACUGUUCUCCGACAGCAGCACAUUGCGCGUCAAGAACAGUUGGCUCAAAUGAGAAGUCAAGAAAACCAACUGCAGCAAAUGAAUUCAGUAAAAAAGGAUCAAGCUCCCAAUAAAAACAAUGCAACCUCAUCAGACUUGAAAGCAGCAGGGAAUCCAGCGGAUAAAAGAGCUCAAGAAAUGACUGGGAGAAAACCAUCGUAUGAAAUUACUAAUUCUUCUGGUAAACCAUCAUCAGCACCUGCUACUGAUCAGGAAGAAGGAAUGGAUGAAGAGUACAUUGAUGAUGAAGCUGAUGAUGAAAACUAUGAGGAAACAGAUGAGGAGUAUAACAGACAUAAACAGCUUUAUGAUCAGCAGCGACUAAAAAACAUUGCACAAUUGCAACAUCCUUCUGGUUCUAAUCAUUCACAGCCUCCAGGACAACAUGGUGAGGAGUAUUAUGAUGAUGAUGAAGAGGAGGAAUACUAUGAUGACGAUGAAGAUUGUAGUGAUGACUCAGCCAUAGAAGCAUUUAUACAGCAAGCUAUUGAAAAACAGAAAGAAGCUCAAUUACAAAAUCAACGAUUAGGAAUCGAGAACCCCUCCAACCUAAAUCCCAACAUUAAGUCAGGAAUUCCAAUAUCGUCUCCAAACACAAAUGAAACUAUUAAAAAAUUGGAUGUUCAGAUGCUUUCAAAUAAUUCUAGUCAAGAUGGUACACCAAAUAAUUCUUCAGUCAAAAAUAAUCUUCUCAAUAAUCUGUCGUUUAAUAAUUUAAAGUUUAAAGAUGGGGAAGGUCCAGUACAGAAUAUGGUUUAUUUGAUUCGAUCAAAUCAAGGAAGAGAUGUAUAUGCCAUGUGGGAUGGCCAGAAAUUUGUUCCAACACCUCUUGAUAUAUCAUUAGCUUUACCAUCAGAGGCAUUAACUGAUUCUCAGAAAGAUUCCAAGAUAGUAGGUGGAGGUGCCAAGGGUAAGGUGAAAGAUCCACCGCUAAAAGGCAAUGCUACUGGCCUUAAUAUGGUAAAUGAACAAGAUGAAGCAAUCAGAACUGCUAGGCCUACUCCACGACAUUCUAAUAUGGUUAGCCUAGCUAGUAAUAGGAAGCCCUCUCCAGUUCCUAAUAAUCAUGACGGUGAUUUACUUCCAAAUGGUAGAGUGUGGCAUCAUACUAACAAGAGUUCACUUGCUAGUUUAAUUAAAUAUAGACGACCCCUACAUCCUACACCACCACAUGGAGAUGAAGAUGAUGAGAUGGAUGAAGAAGAUGAAGAAUAUAUUGAAAAUGACAUUUCUAAUUCUGGUUCUACUUCAUCAGUGAAGCGGCAUUUAGAUGGUGUUGUGAAGUAUGCUGCGUGUAAAUCGUGUGGUUAUUCUAGUAGUGAUUUAGACAAAUGUGAACGUUGUUAUCGUAAACUGCCAGCCGAUGCCAAAGUUCAUGUGGUAGACAAAAUAAAGAACAAUCAGUCAGAUUACACGAUAGACAGAAAAUCUUUUUACGGCCAUAAACUGAAUGACCAAUCACAGCCUUAUAAAUAUGCCAAGUUAUCCAAUCACAGGCAACCUUUACAUUCACCUCAGGGAGAAAAUGUUCAAUUUGAUAACAGAAAAGUGCGUGCUACAUAUGGUCAGCGAAUCAAAAAACAGAAGCCAAAUAAACUUCAUAAUGUGAAGAUAACAAUAUCAUCAGAUGAAGAGGAUUCCAACUCAAAUGAAACUUUACCAAUUGGAGCAAGUAGUAACGCAUCACCAGAUUUCCAAAGUAACAGUAGAUGUGAUUCUCCGAUAUUUCCAUAUAGUAAAGUAAAUAAUCCAAGUCAACAAGAGUCUGGUUCUAUAAGAAAUAGGAUGGAAGAUCAGAAUGGUAAAGUCAAAUCAAAAAAGAGCAAGCCUCCUGCUUUAGAAGAAAAUUUGGAACCUCUCACUGAUUGUACACUUUCGUUAAAUGCUAGAAGUGUGAGGAUUGGUUCUUUGAAAUCCAAACCCUUAGAACCCGUUAUGAUGUCCGAUAAAGGUUUUUCCUGUUCUGUUGUGUGUGAAAGAAAGGGUAAUCAUAAAUGUCGUAUUGAAAUAGAUACGUUAGAUAUUGUUAGUUGUCAAGGACAUUUAAAUCCUCCUGUUGUAGUCAUGUUUUUAGAGCUAACAACAGCAGGAGGAGUUAAAUUACGAGAAAAACUGAAAAUGAAAGCGAACCAGCGUUCAAAUUUUGAUCCAGAUAGUCAAGAUAAAAAACUAAAAUAUUGUGUGAUUAUAUUUGAUACGUUAGAAGAUCCGAAAUCAGUGAAACAGAUUAUACAGCAUUAUCAAAUAGUGAACAAGGCCGGUCCUAGUUAUUAUCAAGAACUAACACAUGAAGAAGCUAACAUGCUUUUAUUACAAACCACACCCUUGACACCGGCAAUGCAGGCACAGGUUGGUUUAACGAUGAAUAAAGAUCCUCCGGUACCGCCAUCGAUCCAGAAUAUUAGAGAUACAUCAAGUCAUGGUGAUGAACAAGAAUAUCAUCGAGAUGAAAUGGACAAUUUUGAGAACGCUGAAAUAAGAGAAGAAUCGUGUUCCCCGUCUCCUCCUAGAGUAACAUUUACUGGACCAUUGGAGAAAUUAUUAACAUACCCUCCACCACCAGCUAAAGGUGCUUUAACUAUUACCAACGAAGAUCUCUACUGUUUAAAUGAUGGGGAAUUUCUCAAUGAUGUCAUUAUUGACUUUUAUUUAAAAUAUUUAUUAUUAGAAAAAUUGAGUGAAAAGGAUAAACAGAGAACUCACAUCUUUAGUUCAUUUUUCUACAAAAGAUUAACUCACAGGCUACCUAAAAUGUCUGAAUCUACUGCAGAUAUUAAUAAACAACCACAUGUAAAGCGACAUUCCAAAGUCAAAACAUGGACAAGACAUGUUGAUCUGUUUGAAAAAGACUUUAUUAUUGUACCAAUCAAUGAACAUUCUCAUUGGUUUUUAGCCAUCAUUUGUUUUCCUGGAUUAGAGGAACCACAGUUUUGUCCAUUUUUACCAGUCCCAUUAAAGGUGCCUCCACCACCACCUCCUGCUUCACCAGAUUCAACAUCCCCUCCAACAGUAGCUCAAUCAACAGGAGAAGAAUCUAGUCAAGACAGUGCCAAUAAUCCUGUGGAACCAAAACCAGAAGAAGAAACGCCCAUGGAGGCUGAGAAUUCAACUCCAUCCAAGGUUAUAACAGGAAUUCCACUAGAUCCAGAAAAAUGCAUUGAAGAAUCAUGUAAUAGAGAAUACUGUUUAGGAAAAAAACAGCCAUGUAUUCUGAUAUUUGAUUCAUUGGCUGGUCCAUCAAGAGCUUCUGUUUGUAAAACUCUUAAAGAGUAUUUACAAGUAGAGUGGAGUAUUAAAAAAGAUACAGAGAGAAAUUUUAAAGAUUUUCGUGGUAGUUCACCAAAAGUACCACAACAGAAUAAUUAUAGUGACUGUGGUAUAUAUGUAUUACAAUAUGUCGAGAGUUUCUUUCAGUCACCUAUUAUGGAUUUCACUGUUCCUAUGAAGGGUUUAGAUUACUGGUUCCAUUCAGAAGUCUGCGCAAGAAAACGAGAAGAGAUUAAAAGUUUGGUGCUAAAAUUACAAGAACUUUAUCCACGGCCAGAGAAAAAAAGCUGAUAGUCUGUCAAUACGAAUUGACAUUGAUCUGUGAUAUAUUCCUAGUAGUGAAUUUAAAAGUGGACAGUGGAGUAGAUGACUGAAUGUGAAAUUAAAUAAGUUUUAUGUAUAUAUUGUGAAUAUAUAAGAAAGUGAACCCUAUAGAUGAUUAUGUAUGGAUGAGAAAUGAAAUAUAUUCUGGUUGAAAACUUGAUGAGUGCUAAAUUUCAAAGAGAUCUUAAAUUUGGAGUUUUAUUAACAUAAACAAUGUUCGACUUGUUAUGUAAGUAAAUGAAUCUGACCAUGAGUUUUUCAGAGCUUUUUAAAAGUGUUUGAAUUAUUUAAUGUGAGCUAUGUUAUCAAUACCUCUUAAUUUCAAUAUUAUAGUGACAUCACAUCACAGAAUAUCAGGGCACAUCAAAGGUACAAUUUCAUUGUGUGGUUCAAUAGUAUACACUUAUCAAACCAUUGUUAAAGAUACUGUACAUUAUGGGAGAUUAGAUAAAGAGCUGGCAGUUCCCACUAUGAUAGUUAAAAUCAAGAUAAUAUAAAGGGAAUUUGCUGAAAAUUUCAGACAAAUUGAUCCACUCUGAACCGAGAAAAAACAUAGUCUCGAAUAUCC